GUUGUAUACACUUGUACGGAGCUGAAUGACUUGUGUAGUAAACAGUUAUCUUGUAGCAAAUUUAGAGUGAUGCUUGUGUACAAUAAUUUCCAACACACAACUAAAUAAAUAUCGGAGAAACGUCAUGUUACGAAGAGCAAAAACAGCCAAGGUGUACACGGAGGUGAUUUCAGAAGAUGAAGACGAGAGCCCACUAGGAAAUGCUGAAGCUACGGCGAUCAGUAGUGAUGAAAAUGCAGAUGAUUCAUGGCUACCGGAGCCUAAGGCAAAAUCCGUCGCCAGGAGACCAGCCAAACCCAGGGAACCCAAACCUAAAGUUCCUAAAGAACCCAAACCAAAGAAGGAACCCAAACCUAAAGUUCCUAAAGAACCCAAACCCAAGAAGGAGCCUAAGCCUAAAGCAGAGAGGAAGCCUAGAGCUCCCAGGGCUCCUAAAGCCAAGAAUGUGGAACGUCCAGAGGAUUCUAGAACCACAACAGAACCAGAAAAGCCUGGUUCAAUGAUGGAGGAGAGGGCGGGAGGAAUACAUGACAAAGAAGAGCUACAGGGGCCUGCAAGGGUCAAGGAGGAGAGACACUCCUUCCCCAUGGCCAUGGACCCCAACAGCUGCCAACCUAGUGGGAGUGGUUUGACCUCCUCCUCCAAUCAGCAGUCACUGAUGGUGAAGAAGGAGGAGCCUGAGGAAGACUUCACUUUUGGAGAGCCAGUUGCUAAGAAGCAGAAGACUUCCGCCGCCCCUCAAGGAAGGCCCAUCAGGCAGGCCAAGUCUGUGAAUGUUUUUGGGGAAGGUCUUCACAUGAACUGGGACCCCAUUCAGGUGCUAGCUCAGAGAUCAGGUGUGGAGCAGUGGGUGUGUGCCAACAUUGCACAGCUUCUGCAUGAGGAGAACACCAUCCCUUUCCUGGUGCGCUACCGCAAGGAGAUGAUCAACUAUAUGGACGCUGACGCUCUCAGAGAAGUACAGCUAGCACUGGAGGAGCUAUGUGCUUUGGCUAAGAAGUGUCAGUCUGUAAUGCAGACGUUGAAGAAAGAUGGAGUCUUGACCUCCGAGCUGGAGGUGUCCUUUAAGAACUGCAGAACACCGGAUGAGCUUGACCACGUGUACUCCCCCUAUAAGAAAGGCAGCAAGCUGUCCAAAGCCCGGCGGGCCAAAGAGCUGGGCUUAGAACCAGCGGUUCUAGCUCUCCUACAGAACCCCCAGACUCUCAACCUGCACUCCAACAUCAGGCCUGACACUGAGGGCUUGUCUACCUAUGAGGAGGUAGCCACAGGUGUGGAGCAGAUAUUAGCAGACAUGAUUGCCAAGGACCCGGACACACUCACCCACGUGCGCUCUCUGUGUGAGUGUAGUCCGGUGAUGCUGCAGUCCAGUGUGUCUAAGACGGCCCUGAAGGAGCAGCAGCAGCAGCAGCAGCAGGGGGGCCAAGCCAAGGGGAAGCCCAAAGACAUCGACAAGUUCCAGCUCUACAGCGACUUCUCCUGCAACAUCCACAGAGUGCAGCCACACCAGACCCUGGCCAUUAACCGUGGGGAGAAUCUGAAGAUUCUGACAGUGAAGGUCAACGUACCAGACCGCGUCAAGAACGACUUCUCUAGGUGGUGUGUCAACGUCAGGUGGAGACCUAAAGGCUUUGCCCAGCCGGAGCAGAUGAAGAUUUUGCAUGAUGCCGUAGAGGACUCCUACAAGAGACUUAUAGUGCCCUUACUUUGCAGAGGAUACAGGUCUAAGUUGACUGCGGCAGCAGAGAAGGAGUCGGUGGCCAUGUUUGUGCGUAACCUGCGCCAGCGGCUGCUCGUGUGCCCAGUGCGCGGGCGCACCAUCAUGGGCGUCGACCCCGGCUUUCGCCACGGCUGCAAGCUGGCCAUCCUCUCCCCUGUUGGUCAGAUCCUGCACACCGAUGUGGUGUAUCUUCACAGCUCAGGGGGAAAGACCAAUGAGGCCUGCAAGCUGCGCCACCUCCUGCUCAAACACAGCUGUCAAUCAGUUGUCAUUGGUAACGGCACCGCUUGCCGGGAGACGGAGGCGUUUUUUGCCGACCUGAUUAAGCAGCGCUUCUUCCAGCCUCUUGACGUAUCCUACUGUAUCACAGAUGAGGCGGGAGCAUCCAUCUACAGUGUGAGUGCUGAGGCAGUGAAGGAGAUGCCAGACCUGGACCCCAACAUCAGGAGUGCAGUGUCCAUUGGGCGGCGGGUGCAGGACCCUCUGGCAGAGCUGGUGAAAAUCGACCCCAAACACAUUGGCAUCGGAACCUACCAGCACGACGUGUCCCAGCCUCUGCUGCGUGCUGCCCUGGACGGUACGGUGCAGGAGUGUGUGAGCUUUGUGGGUGUGGACAUCAACAUCUGCUCUGAGACGCUCAUGAGGCACGUGGCUGGUCUGAAUGUGUCCCGUGCGCGCAGCAUUGCUGAGUGGCGGGAGAAGAGCGGCCCGUUCCAGAACCGGGAGCAGCUGAAGGGGGUGAAGGGCCUCGGGCCCAAGAGCUACCAGCAGUGCGCCGGAUUCAUACGCAUCAACCCAGAGACUGCAGCCAGGACACACAGUGAUGACAACCCGGCUGCUGAGAAACCAUUGGCCAAGAAGGGGAGAGGAAAAGCCAGCCAACCAAUCAGUGAUCAGCUCAACCCUCUGGACCAGACGUGCAUUCAUCCAGAGUCAUACGGCAUUGCCAUGAAGUUUGUGUCGGUGGUGGAGGGCAGUGUGUCCCAGCUGGGUCAGGUGGAGUUGAGGCGGCGGGUGGAGGAGCGUGUGAGGGAGCAGGGAAUGGAGGCUCUGGCCCAGAGACUGGACACCACGCCGGACACACUGCAGCUCAUCGUGGACGGCCUCACCCAGCCACCUGGCUUCGACAUCCGACAAGAUUUCGACCAGCCGGACUUCAAGCGAGGGAUCGUGUCCAUGAGCGACCUGCAGGCGGGCGCGGUGCUGACGGGCCGGGUCACCAACACGGCUCUGUUCGGGGCGUUCGUGGACAUCGGCGUGGGCCGCAACGGGCUCAUCCCCAACCGCUUCAUGACGGCCGCCAAGCUGCCCGAGGACAUGCGGCGCAGGAGCCUGGCGCUGGGGCCCGGCCAGCGUGUGGAGGUGCGGGUCAUCAACGUGGAGCGCCAGCGCAACCGCAUCACCCUGGACCUCAUACGGGUCCUCCGCUAGCACACAGGGCCUCGGACUGGGACGGGGUUCUGGGACUAGGCCCAUAAAUGCACUCAGUGUUUUCUCAAGGUUCCUGAGAUUAUCGAACUGUUGAACUGUCUUAAUAAAAACUGUU